CCUUGUUAUCAGUAACAGUCAUUUUUCGAAUGAUACACUUCAACUGAUUAUUUCAAGAUUGGUCAUUUCGUAUUUCUUCACUGAUCAUAAUACAUCAAUAUUGCUAACAACUCUACACGAUUAUUUUCUUUUCUUCAUAUUUAUUGAGCUACAAUAUAGUUUUGCUGUCCAACGCAGGAAAGUCACGCGGUAAUAAGGAAAGUGUUCUAUAAGAGAAAAAAAGAAGGAAUGUUCGCGUUGGUACAACUUUCAAUCGUUGCACCUUUCCCAUUUGUAAUUUGAUCGUGUUUUUUAAUUCUUAAAUAUGAAGAUCGCCGUGAUCGGUGCUGGAUCUGCUGGUCUUGCUGCUCUACGACAUUGUACUUCUGACACAUAUGACACUCAAGUAAUAUGUUACGAAAAAACAGAUCAAGUAGGCGGUACAUGGGUUUACAGGGAAGAAACAGGUUUAGAUCGAUACGGUUUACCAAUACACACUAGCAUGUACAAAAAUUUAAGAACAAAUCUUCCAAAAGAAGUGAUGGGAUAUCCUGAUUAUCCUGUUCCAGAUAAUCCUGACAGUUACUUGACUCGAACGCAAAUACUUGAAUUCCUAAAUUCAUAUUGUGAUCAUUUUAAUCUCCGCCAGUACAUCCAAUUUCUUCAUAAUGUCGAAUUAGUGGAACCAUCGAUCGGGGAUCGAAAAUGGAUGAUCAAAGUGAAAGAUUUAAAAAAAAAUAUCAUUUUAGAAGAAUCAUUUGAUGCAGUUAUGAUAUGCAAUGGUCAUUACUUCGAACCUAGUAUACCAAAUUUGAAAGGUCAACAAAUUUUUCAAGGAGAACAAUUACAUAGCCACGAUUAUAGGGUGCCAGAUAUUUUUACCGAUAAAACUAUAGUUGUACUUGGCGCCGGACCUUCGGGAAUGGAUUUAGCUUUGGAAAUAUCGAAGAAAGCAAAACGUGUAAUUUUAAGUCAUCACCUGAAAGAUCCCAUAGGCACUGUAUUUCCUGACAAUGUUGUUCAAAAACCAGAUGUAAAAGAAUUGACCGAGCACGGUGUUCUUUUUAAAGAUGAUACUAAUGAAUCUGUGGAUGCGAUAUUUUAUUGUACAGGAUAUAAAUAUAGCUUCCCCUUUCUGAGUGAAAAAUGUGGAGUACGGGUAGAUUCUAAUAUGGUGACACCAUUAUGGAAGCAUUUGAUAUCGAUUGAAAAUCCCACCCUUGCGUUGAUUGGUCUUCCCUUUUAUGUUUGUGCCUUCAGCAUGUUCGAUUUGCAGGUCCGUUUCGUCCUACGAUAUUGGUCGGGAAAAAAGGACUUUCCUUCUAAAGCAGAUAUGCUGAAAGAAGAAACGCAAGAAUUGGAAAGUCGCAAAAAAGAGGGUUUGCAAAAGAAACAUUUUCAUAUGAUGGGAUUUAAACAGGAUCGCUAUUACAACGAUCUUGCAAAUACUGCUGGAAUAACGCCAUUACCUCCAGUUCUUACAAAAUUACAUAACGAAAGCAGUUUGCUUUUCUUGGAUGACUUGGUACACUAUCGGGAAAAGAGAUAUAAAAUCAUCGAUGAUUACAAUUUUAUUCAAUUUUGAAAUGAUAUCUUUUUCGGAAUUUUUCGAAAUGAACAUU